GCCAAGGUAAGCUGCUGACUGGAGCACAGAGCGACGUUCCAAGCAAAUGAAUUCCUCCUACUGAGUCGUGGUGCAGGGCUGGUCUGCAAGUCCCGGUUAUCAAUCAGCAGGGAGACCCUGGGCAAACCUCACGGGUGCCACAGAGACAGCGGGAGGCCGGCAGCACCACUCGGCCCAGCGGAAGACGGCCAGCUUGUUAAGAUGUUCCCGCCCUGGAGCCUCCUGGCCCUCUCGUGUCUACGCCUGGGGUUCAGCUCUAGCCAGUAUGCCCCUGACCUCAUCACCUCCCUGCCGGGUCUCUCUUCCAUGCCAAGUUUCCGGCAGUGGUCCGGCUACCUCCAAGCAGGCUCCGGGAAAUACUUCCACUACUGGUUUGUGGAGUCUCAGGGGAACCCAGCCACCGACCCUCUGGUGCUUUGGUUGAACGGAGGCCCUGGCUGCAGCUCCAUGGAAGGGAUUCUGGAAGAGAAUGGGCCCUACCGGAUCCACAGUGACAGCUUCCUCUACGAGAACCCCUACAGCUGGAACAAAGUUGCCAAUAUCUUGUACCUGGAAUCGCCUGCUGGCGUUGGCUACUCAUAUUCCCUCAGCCGGAAUUACCAAAUCAACGACCAGCAGGUAGCUGCCGACAACUACCAGGCCCUGCAAUGCUUCUUCGCCAAGUUCCCCUCCUUCGCCAGCAAUGAUUUCUAUGUGUUCGGAGAGAGCUACGCCGGGGUCUACAUUCCCUCUCUCAGCCUCCGAAUCGUCGACGGGCUGGCCCCCAUCAACUUCAAGGGCUUUGGGGUUGGCAAUGGCGUGAACAAUUACCAGCUCAACGAUGAAACUCUGAUUGAGUUCAGCUACUACCAUGGCAUCAUCGGAGCCAACCUCUGGGCUUCCCUCAAUGCCCACUGCUGCUCUGUGGGUACCUGCAACUUCUAUAACAGCACCGAGAGCAGCUGCUUCAAUGCUAUCCUCAAAGCUUUUCGCCUGAUCCGGGGCAUCGGCCUCAACAUGUACAGCCUCUACUCGCCUUGCUGGGGGGCUCAGGGCUACCAGGCCCGUUAUGCCUCCGACAUGGCCAGCCUUUUCCGGGAGUACCGAUUCAGUAAGGCAAACCCGCCAGCUGGAGGCCCAGUACACGGAGUUCCCAAGUGCAUCAACUCCACGGCUUUGUACAUGUGGAUGAAUGAAGAUAACGUGAGGCGGGCGCUGCACAUCCCCAGCUUCUUGCCCCACUGGGAGCUGUGCAGCUCCUGGACGACCACCCAAUACCAGAGGCAGUACACGGACAUGGCCCCCUUCUAUCGCAAGUUGCUGCAGAACAACAUCCGUGUCCUCGUGUACAACGGGGACACUGACAUGGCCUGCAACUUCCUCGGGGGCGAGAAGUUUGUGGCGUCUCUGAACCAGCCGGUGCUGAGGCCCUACCAGCCCUGGUACUGUAACAACCAGGUCGCCGGAUUCUUUAAGGAAUACGAGAAGAUCACGUUCCUCACCGUCAAGGGCUCCGGGCACAUGGUACCCCAGCAUCGGCCAGCCCAGGCGCUGAAGAUGUUUGAGUCUUUCCUCAAGAAUACUUCCUACCUGUGAGCUGCCUCUCCUGAGGACGUUUCUCUGGCCAAAUGGCACUUCUCAUCUUGAGGCAUAAAGCCCUGUCUCUCAUAAACUACCUUACCUUUCUCGUCUAGCCGUCUAGCUAUUAAAAUGAUCAUUUCAUUGGGAAGGAUGAU